CUUUCGCCCCAGUCACUUCUCUCCAGGUAGAGCAGUCAGUCGUUAUCCAGGCACCCACUUAACUGAAGCAUCAUGUAUUCUGGAGGCGGCAAUGUAGGCGGCAGAAGAGCCAUGAGCUUGUCUGGUGGAACGGGGUAUGGAUCGGGGAGGUCCGGAGGUUCAGUACGAAUGUCCAGCUCCCAGAUGUCCUUCUCUUCAGGUGGUGGUGGUGGUGGUGGUGGUGGCGGCUUUGGCUUUGGUAGUAGUGGUGGUGGCGGCUUUGGCUUUGGUAGUGGUGGUGGUGGUGGUGGCGGCUUUGGCUUUGGUAGUGCUGGUGGUGGCGGCUUUAGCUUUGGUGGUGGAGGCUUCAACCUGGGCGAUGCUGGAGAUCAGCCAAUCUCUGCCAACGAGAAGGCCACCAUGCAGAACCUGAAUGACCGUCUGGCUUCCUACCUGGAGAAAGUGCGCGCCCUUGAGAAGGCCAACGCUGAUCUGGAGCUGAAGAUCCGCCAGUUCUUAGAGAGCAAGACCUCCCCGUCUGCACGUGACUACAGUGCGUACGAGGCCACCAUCAGGGAGCUGCAGGGAAAGAUCCAGGAUGCCACCAGUGUCAAUGGAAGUAUCUAUCUCAGCAUUGACAAUGCAAAGCUGGCUGCCGAUGACUUCAGAGUCAAGUUUGAGAAUGAGCUGGCCAUGCGGAUGUCAGUGGAAGCUGAUAUUGCGGGACUGAGGAGGGUCCUGGACGAGUUGACUCUGGCAAGAUCUGACCUGGAGAUGCAGAUUGAAGGUCUGAAGGAGGAGCUAAUCUUCCUCAAGAAGAACCAUGAGGAGGAACUUCUGGCCAUGAGGGCCCAGAUGAGCGGCCAGGUCCAUGUUGAAGUGAACGCACCAGCGCAAGAGGAUCUCACCAAAGUCCUGGAAGACAUGCGCGAACAAUAUGAAAUGGCUGCAGCAAAGAGCAAAAAGGAAUUGGAGUGUUGGUUUGAACAAAAGGCCGCACCACUAAAACAGGAAGUUGCAUUCAGCAUAGAGACUGUGCAGACCUCCAAAACUGAAAUGUCAGACCUCAGGCGCACGCUGCAAGGACUUGAAAUUGAGCUGCAGUCUCAGCUAAGCAUGAAAGCAUCCCUGGAGCAGACAUUAGGGGACACACAGUGUCGCUACUCCAUGCAGCUGUGUGGCCUCCAGCAACAGGUCACCAGCCAGGAGGAACAGUUGAUGCAGCUACGCUGUGACAUGGAGCGUCAGAGUCAAGAGUACCAGAUGUUGCUGGACAUAAAGACCCGUCUAGAGAUGGAGAUAGCAGAGUAUAGAAGACUCCUAGAUGGAGAUGGGUGCUCUAUGCAGGUGUCUGGCUCCUCCUCAACCUCAACCUCAACCUCAACCUCAUCCACCAAAGUGAAGGUGAUUACCGUUGUGGAAGAGGUGGUGGAUGGUGUUGUGGUCAGCUCCUCCUCCAGUGCUGUGACCAGUUCAAGCUGAGCAACCACGAGAGCUCAUGAAAAUGACAAGAAUGGCGGUUGCUGAAAUAAAAAGCUGAGAGAUGUUUAAAACUAAA